CAAUAUUCGAUAUUCUAAGACGUAGACGUAAAUAAGUCAAGAUAAGAUGCUACUGCUUCUCACCGCUAUAGGACUGGCAGUGCUAUGGCUGUACACAAAAUGGCAAAAAACUAAAAAGUAUUGGGCGGACAGAAACGUGCCUUAUAUACCCCCACAUCCUCUACUUGGAAACUUAACUUUCCUUUUCAAGUUAAAUCCGGGCAUAUUCAUGAGGAACAUUUACAAUCCCGAGCAGCCCUACUUGGGCUUGUGGUGGUUCUGGCGGCCGGUGCUGUUUGUUAACUCGCCAGAGCUCGCGCGUCGCGUCCUCGUCAAGGAUUGCGCUGUCUUCAAGGACAGAUUCCUGAAUUCAGGGAAAAAGGAUCCCAUUGGAGGACUUAAUUUGUUCCUUGUUAACGAUCCGCUUUGGUCUUCAGUUAGAAAGCGUGUGUCGCCAUCAUUCACCGGUGCUAAACUGCGGCUCUUACACAAGCACUUCGUAGCCAAAUCCCGGGAACUUAUUAAAAGAAUCAAAAUUGAAAUGGAGAGCAAUCAUUGUGUAAACCUUAGGAUGAUGUUCACCGACUUCACGACUGACGUGGUCGGUGUGACGGCACUGGGCGUGCGCGGCGACGCCACGCUGACGGGACAGAGCCCCUUGCGUGACGUCACCAGGGACUUUAUGAAGUUCAACUAUCUCAGGAGCCUCGCUUGGACUUGUAUCUUCUUUUACCCGGAAUUAGUUGACGUUUUCGGGUUCUCAUUUUUCCCGAAAAGUGCAACGAAUUUCUUUAGAAAACUCUUCAAACAAAUCGUUAAGGAACGAGGUGGAUAUGACGUUGGUAUCGGACAAAAUAAAGACUUGCUCGAUGUAUUGAGAAGAAUUAAACAAGAUUGUGAUAAGAAUAAUGAAGAAAUGCCUGAAGAUUUAUUGAUAGCUCAAGCGGCGGCGAUGUUACAAGGCGGCUUCGACACGACGGGCACCGCGCUAACGUUCUGCACAUACGAACUUGCACAUAGCCCACACUGGCAGGAAAUAAUUUACAAUGAACUUCUUGAAUUUAGAGAUAAAAUGAUUAAUGGAGACGUGGAUGCGGAAGUCUUUCAAGAAAUGCCAUAUCUUAACGGAGCUUUGAAAGAAACUUUAAGAAAGUACAUGUCGAUGGGCUGGAUAGACAGAGUAGCAUCAACAGACUAUCAGAUUGAUGAGAAUCUCACAAUAAAAGCGGGAACCCCUGUCUACGUGAACGCCUGCGGAAUACACUACGAUCCACAAUAUUACCCGGACCCAGAGAAAUUCGAUCCUGAGAGAUUUUUACCUGAAAAUGAGAAAAACCUCAAGCCUUUUACGUACAUGCCUUUUGGUGAAGGUCCGAGAUUUUGUUUAGGCAAACGAUUUGGAACACAGAACGCUACCUGCGCCCUUGCCCAUAUUAUUCUGAACUAUAAAAUCGUGGCCAAACCAAAUUCACCUCUACCUCAGGAAGUUAAAAUUGAAAAGAAAAGUUUCUUUUACGUGCCAGGUGAAAAUCUCUACGUCAAUUUUGUACCGCGAGAUGACUAAAUCAAAUAUGUUGUUUUCUUUUGA